GUUGCUGUUGUUGCUGUUGCAGCUCGGCUGCCCUUCAAGCGCCUCAAUCCGGUGCCAAAGGAAAAAUAUGAGGUGGAUCCCGAGGUCAAGAAAGUCAAGAGCUCCCCCAGUGCUUUUGAUCCCAGCAAAGAUCCCGCCCUGGACAACGUGGAGAACGACUGCCAGCUGGGCUCCAACGGGAACUUCCCCCCAAAACUCGUCAAUGGCAAAGGUCCCUUAGACCACUUUAUCCAGAAAAACCCCGCAGGUGACACGAGUGACCCUGGGCUCGGCCCUGAGCUGCCCAAGGGCUCUGCCCACGGACUCAGUGAUGGCACAGCCCGGGAUUUGGACUCUGGAGCUGCUUCACCCCCAGCUCGUGGCACGACAGGGCAAGAGGUGACCCAGCUGAGCUGCCCCAGCCUCCCUCCGGGCUGCCAGCCGGCGGAUUCCAGGGAGACCGGCACACCCCGCGGGGAGGAAGGGCUGGCAGGGCUGGGCUGCAAGGACCUGGCGGGCAGCAAGGGCAGCCAGAGCGAACUGAAGGCCGUGCUCUUUGAGGGGAAGGUGCCCGUGGUGCUCCUGGAGGACAUCAUGGCCGGGAAAGGCCCCCAGGGGGCUUCUCCGGGUGGAAGCGCCACGUCGGGGAACGACACCCUGGAAUCCUCUCCCGAGGGGGACUCGGGACUCACCAACUCCUCGCUGAGCUCCGCGAGCUCCCCCGAGGUGCAGCUGGGGGCAGAAUCCAAGAGGAACACGAGUCCUUUGGCUGCCUCCACCCCCCUCAGGAAGGAUCAGGAGAGAGCAGACAAGCUCCAGAAGCUCCAGGCAGAGAGGGAAGAAAAGGGGAGGCUGAAGGAAGAAGCAAAAGCUGCAAAAGAACGAGCCAAGGAGGAGGCAAAGAAGAGGAAAGAGGAGGAGAAGGAGCUGAAGGAGAAGGAAAGGAGGGAAAAGAAAGAAAAAGAGGAGAAGGAGAAAGCGGAGAAGCUGAGGGUGAAGGAGGAGAAGCGCAAGGAGAGGCAGGAAGCGUUGGAGGCAAAACUCGAGGAGAAGAGGAAGAAAGAAGAGGAGAAACGGUUGAGAGAGGAGGAAAAGCGGAUUAAUGCCCAGAAAGCAGAAAUCACGAGGUUCUUCCAGAAACCAAAGACUCCACAAGCCCCCAAGAUCCUCGCUGGCUCCUGUGGGAAGUUUGCUCCCUUUGAGAUCAGGGAGAACAUGGUUUUGGCUCCCCUCAGCCGCGUCCCUCCGGAUCCCGACUCCUUGGAGCAGCUGGAUAAGCUCCUUCCCGCCCAAAAUGGGGAAGUUUCUUUCCUGAGGGACCUAAAAUGUCGGAAACCACGAAAAUCUGGCCCCACUUGGGUCAGGAACAGCAACGACACGGUGAACAGCGACGUGGUGGUGGUGGACAACUGCCAGAGGGACGGCGUUCCCGAGAGGGAGAAGUUUGGGAGGAUGAAGCUGCUGCAGUUCAGCGAGAACCACCGGCCUGCCUACUGGGGCACCUGGAACAAGAGCACCACCCUCAUCCGGGCCCGGAAUCCCUGGGCCAAGGACACUAAACUGCUGGAUUAUGAGGUGGAUAGCGAUGAGGAAUGGGAAGAGGAGGAGCCUGGAGAAAGUCUCUCCCACAGUGAAGAGGAUGAUGAAGAGGAGGGAGAGGAUGAAGAUGAGGACGAUGGGUUUUUUGUACCCCAUGGGUACCUAUCUGAAGAUGAAGGUGUGACAGAAGAGUGUGACCCAGAGAACCAGAAGGUCCGUCAGAAGCUGAAGGCCAAGGAGUGGGAUGAGCUCAUUGCCAAGGGGAAGAGGUUCCACGUCCUCCAGCCUGUGAAAAUAGGCUGUGUGUGGGAAGGGGCAGAGCGGGACAGCAGCGCUAACCCCGACCUCAAGGUUCUCCAGCAGUUCACAGCCUGUGUCCUGGACCCCCCUGUGGCAGAGGAAGAGCAGCAGAUCCAGAAAUGUAGCAAAAAAAGAGCCAGAGAUCAGCAAAUCCUGGGCCACCUCCUGCCGCUGCUGCACGGCAACGUCCACGGGAGCAAGGUGAUCAUCCAGGAAUUCCAGGAGUGCUGCCGGCAGGGACUGUUCCACGGCGUCACCGAGGGCACCAAGGGGGGGAUUCCCGCCGGGAAGGAGGAGGGUGGCCCCGCGCCGGGCACGGCCGUCCCGCAGAGCACCCCCGUGCCCGCCAAGAGGAGGGGCCUGGGCAGCAUGAACAUCACCAGGUUCAUGAAGAGACCACGGGAGGCCGGGCAGGCUGAAGCUGUGGAGAUGGAUGGAUUCCAGGCAGACACUGAGGAGGAUGAGGAAGAUGAUGACUGCAUGAUUGUGGAUGUACAGCCAGCAAAAGACUCUCCAGCUUCAGAAUGCAGUGGUACAAGAGCUGCUCACCAGGACACCAGCAGGGUCAGCCCACCUAAUACAAUUUGAGACUUAAAACCACCUACUAACUCCUCUGUAUGUAUGUAGAAUGGAUUAGAAAACUUUAAAAACCCUGUGUAUCUUCGCCCAAGAUACUUGAAAGUAUUCCACAUUUCUUGUAAAGAGAAGACAGCACUUUGUUCUGCUUCAGCCCAGAUGGAAGCUUAAAUUUUUAUUUUUUUUUUUUUUUUUAGCUCUAGCUUUUUUUAGCUUGGUUCUUUUUUUAAAAAAAAAAAACAAACAAACAACAAACUGCAUAUUAAUCUGUCCUUAAUAAAGCAUUAUUGAAAUUUUGAUACUUCUUUGUAAUGGAAGGUGUAUCUUAAAUUAUCUCUGAAAGUAGCUGAGGGAUUUUUGGGAUAAGCUUAUUGUGAUGCCACUGGGGGAAUGAUGACUGUUCAUAAUGUUGUACAGCGUGGCCUUGGGUAUAAAUGAUGUACAAUUAUAUAUGAAUUUAUGCUCUUG